AGAAAAUUGUGAUCAAAUGUUUGAAGCCGACUUGUCACACACGUGUGCCCGUACUGAGAAACCAAAUCCAGUCUUAAUUGAUGUAGACUCUGCUGAGAUAUUUCUCCGUUUAGAAUUUUCCUUUGUAUUUUCUAAAUAUUUCAUGACCUAUUACUUUCACCAAAACGAGUCUUUGCAAAGGCAAUCAGAUAUUGUCUCUCAAUGAAAUGACUUCCAACGAGAGCAGAGAAAGUGCUCCAGGGCCUCUCUUUCGCGAUGCCGCUCGCCUUAACGAGAAUGAAAGCAAAGGCCCAACUACGCUAGAAACGUUCAAAGAUCAACAAGCAAACAUCCUGCCUCAUAAAAAAUUAAUGGUUGUCUUUCCGGCCAUCGCUCUAGCGCAGAUGAUUUCAUAUCUGGAUCAAACAUCGGUCUCAACAGCUGUACCGACUAUAGGAGGGGCGCUGAAUAUGGGAUCAUCGAUUUCAUGGGUUCCUACUUGCUUUCUAGUCGCAAGCACAAGCAUCCAGCUCAUCAAUGGCCGAUUGAGCGAUAUAGUCGGUCGCAAGCCAUUGCUUCUUACGUGCAUGGGAGUUCUAGCUGUUGCUGACUUGUGUGCUGGUUUUUCAACGACGCCGGGGAUGCUAUUUGCCUUCCGUACAAUUGCUGGCCUGGGCGGUGGUGCGAUCACCGCCUUAGUCAUGAUCGUUGCCAGCGAUAUAACAACUCUAGAACAACGAGGGAAGUAUAAUGGCUUUAUCGGCGCGAUGGUUGGUCUAGGAAAUGGGAUUGGGCCGCUCAUCGGCGGAGCUUUUACCCAAAAGGCUUCAUGGAGAUGGUGCUUCUGGUUCAUUUCGCCCGUCAUUGUGGCAGUCAUGAUACUGAUCGCGAUUGUUAUUCCCCCUUCCAAUGUACGCGGAAAGGCUGGAACGAAAGUACGAAUGAUUGAUUGGUUGGGGCUACUGAUCAAUAUUGCAGCCGUAGUUUUGAUACUGAUCCCUAUCUCUGAGGGAGGUUCGAUAUACUCGUGGAACAGCCCGCUUGUAAUCGCAAUGUUGAUUAUCGGGGGGUUGCUAAUUCCAGCCUUUGUCUUUGUGGAAUGGAAAGUCGCUAAACUACCCUUAAUGCCGAUUCGCCUUUUCCAAAGCGACAUGUCUGCCAAUCUAGUCUUCAUUCAAGGAACUCUUCACGGCGUCGUCUACUGGGCAAAUCUCUAUUAUGUACCUCUGUAUCUACAGAAUGUACGAGGAUAUGAUCCGAUCAUGUCAGGCGUCCUCAUUCUUCCAAUGGUAGCCUCACAUGGCCUCGGAUCGCUUUUUUCCGGCCAAAUAAUCUCAAGAACUGGCCAUUACAAUCCGACUAUCAUUUCAUCAAAUUUCGUGUGGAUGAUUGGUGCGUCGCUGCAAACGGUCUAUACAAGAACGACUCCCGUUUGGGCUAUCUGUCUAAUUGGAUUUUUGCAAGGAAUCGGCAUUGGUGGAGCCUUCCAGCCUGGUCUUGUAGCCUUGCUUGCACACUCGAGAAAAGCGGAUCGUGCUGUAGCAAAUUCCUUGAGGAAUUUUCUGCGCAUCAUGGGCGGUUCAGUAGGCCUGACCAUCUCUGGCGCAAUUCUUAAUAAUGUGCUUCAAAACAAACUGUCCAGCUUCCUCUCCGCUGAUAGUAUCAGCCAAAUAUCUUCCUCAACUUAUGGGCUGCAGUCACUAAACCUAUCCGCUCAGCAAACUGGCAAAGUGCUAGACGCUUACAUGAGCGGCAUGCAUGUCAUCUUUAUCAUGUAUGCGCCUAUAAUCGGUGUAUGUUUUCUCUGUGCUGUGUUGAUUAAAGAUAACGGGGUUGCGGAAAAGGACGCGAAUCAACAGUCCCCCCCUUCAAAGCCCGAGCAGAGUGUGGGCAAGGUAGAAAAAGACGGGACAGACUAACAAGGUCGCCAGGAGAAAGGGUGAGCCAUUUGUUCAAGGGGUAGUCUCAGAGGGUUCACACGUACACGCACGUUUCCAUCUUACAUCUAACUCUCCUGGGAAUUUCAUUUCUAUCAUACAGAUAGAUUAACGUUUUGUACUAACGACCGUGAACGACGGAUGAUCUUAGGCAUUUAAAGAAAAGAUGAGGACGACUGUACUUGAAUUUAUAUAGAUGUUGAGUACAUAAGUGGUUUGGGUAAAAUUCAUUAUAUUUCGAACAAUGUUUGAGAUAAUAAAAGCAAAGUGCAUAGAUAC